AUGACCGACGGUUGGGUUUUCUUUAAACACGUCCUAUUGCUCGCGCACAACAUACAAUAUAUUGUGCAUAGCAGCAGUCGUAGUCGCUACAUUAACAACAGCAGAACGCAGUCCAGCAGUCCACGCUACAUACAGCAAACAGUAUAUUAUAUCACGCAACUGGUUAAAAUUCAACUCUCUACAUCGUCUGACGAUCUGUACCGCCGAUUCACGCUGACAGCUGAUUCAUUUUCGGCGUCAAUUUCACACGUACUUUUCCUGUACAUUGGUAGCGUCGAAAUAAUCAAGAUGUUUGGUUCUGAUAGUACUUAUGAUUACAAAGUUUUAGUAGAGGGAGAACAUCCUUGUAUUGAAUCUGACUUUAUCAUGGACAUAUUGAUGGACGGAGAUGAUAUUUGGUUACAAAAUAUUCUGGGAGCGUGGAUUAUCGACAACGUGGACGACCGUCAUCCCAAUGAUGAUAUUGAAUGA